GGCCUUUAACAGUGCCCCAGUCAGGAAAAUGAGCCAAAGACUUGCUGAUGGUCCUGAGUUGAUGCUUCCUCUCCUGCAGCUCUCGGUUGUGUUCAAAGUCGGUGGAGGCUGACAGGGGGAGUCCAUCCCUCACCCGCACCACGAAGGCAAACAGGAUCAGAGACAUGAUCCGCAGGCUCCAUGGAGAACACACAGCCUUCACAAAGCAGACGGUCACCUGGCCUUUGAUCACAAUGAGGGUAAAAGAUCGCCCUCAGUGUUACUUUGAUGUGGAGCUCAACCGUGAGCCAGUGGGGCGCAUCGUUUUUCAGCUUUUCUCAGAUGUUUGUCCCCGGACAAGCAAAAACUUUCUCUCUCUGUGCACUGGUGAAAGGGGAACUGGGAAAGUCACAGGGAAAAAACUGUGCUACAAAGGCUCCACCUUUCACAGAGUCGUGAAGAACUUCAUGAUCCAGGGAGGCGACUUCACUGAAGGAACUGGAAGGGGAGGAGAAUCCAUAUAUGGUGGCUACUUUAAAGAUGAGAAUUUUACUCUCAAACACGACCGACCCUUCCUGUUAUCGAUGGCCAAUCGAGGGAAGGACACCAACGGGUCACAGUUCUUCAUCACCACCAAGAAGGCGCCUCACCUUGAUGGAGUCCACGUUGUCUUUGGUCUCAUCAUCUCUGGCUUCGAGGUGAUCACCAAGAUCGAAGGGCUGAAGACGGAUUCAGCCAGCAGACCGUACGCUGAUGUGAGAGUGGUGGACUGUGGACAGCUGAUCACAAAGUCUGCAAAUGAUGUGCUUGAAGGGAAGCGGAAAAGAUCCUCCCUUCACUCCGACGACUGUUCCCCCCGUUCCUCCCCUCUGGGAGAGCAUGAAUCGGACGAAACGCUGAAACAGCCAAAGAAAAAGAAGAGCGCAAAGAUUAAACCGCCUAAAAAGAAAAGGAAGGUGGUGAAGAAGAAGAUUGUGGAUGUUCAGGCGUCCAAGCAAAGAGCUGCCGGUAAUGAGACGGAGGAGGAUGAAGCUGAAGAGAAGGAGCAGGGUGGAAAGAGGGAGAAGCCUGUCGUUCGGCCAGAGGAAAUCCCCCCCGUGCCAGAGAACCGCUUCCUACUGAGGCGGGACAUGCCAUCCCAGGAGAUCACAACAGAAGUUCUGGAGAGCGAAGAAGCUGCUCCUUCAGCGGAUCAGAAACCAGCUGUGUCGAAGUCUGGCCGAAAGAUCAGAGGCAGAGGAACUGUUCGGUAUCACACUCCCACCAGGUCCAAGUCGCGCUCCGUGUCUGUGGAGGAGCGUGGAAGCAGUGAAACGCCACCGCAUUGGAAAGAGGAAAUGAAGAGAACAAAGAAUUAUCGACCACCAAGCACGGAGAGAUGGAGCAAAGGAGACAAACUGAAUGACCGUUCCUCGAGCCGAUGGGACGACCGAAGCGACUCUACGUGGUCCCAGUCAGGAGAACGCUCGUCAGACCGCAGCUCCAAGAGGUCCAGUCCGCACAGGCAGCCAAAAAAAGAGAAGAAGAAAGUCAAACAAAAGAAGAAAGCCAAAAAACACAAGCAUGGCAAAAAGAAUAACUCCAAGAAAUCUCAAGAGCUUCACAAGUCGGAAGGUGAAAGGUCUGGGUCUUCAGAGAGGAAGUCAAGAAGAUCCUGUUCAGAGACUCGAUCUCCUUCAUGUCCGCAUAACUCGCCGCCCAGGAAAAGGCAGAGGUCCUCCAUGUCUUUCUCAAGGUCCUAUUCCAGGUCCUGCACGAGCAGCCGAUCCAGAUCUGGAGGGAGACACAGGUCCUACUCCAGAUCUAGAAGCCGUUCAAGGUCAAGAAGUCCAUCUGAUUCCAGAUCCAGAUCUCGGUCCUUUUCUCCAUCCCAGUCAAGAUCAAGAUCUAGAUCCAGGUACAAAUCCAGAUCUGGGUCUUUUUCUCACUCCAGAUCAAGGUCCCGGUCACAGCACAGAUCCAGAUUGAAGUCUAGGUCUUCAUCUAGAGAAAGGAGUUUGUCCAGAUCUCCAAGAAAGAGAAAAACAAGCAAGCCUAAACCAGACGUCUUGAAGAAUGUGCCAGAGAAGCGUCCAGAAACUAAGAUCGCCCUCGUUCCAAAAGUACCAGCAGCCCCGGUUCCUGAAAGAGUUCCUGUUAUCCCGCUGAGUGACAGUCCUCCUCCUUCCCGCUGGAAGCCCGGCCAGAAACCCUGGAAGCCCUCCUACAUUCACAUCUCAGAAAUCAAAGCUAAGGUUGCACCCAGUGGCUCUUCUGCUGCGGCACCGGCAGUGGAGGUGGCCUCAGAAAAAACUGUAGUUACACCAAAGUCCGUAACAGAAGACUCUCGAGGUGACAAGGAGCACAUGUCCUCCCACCGUUCACACAGCAGGUCCUCCAGAAGCAAGUCCUACAGCCGCUCCAGGAGCAGGAGCUCCAGUAGGUCCAGGUCGAGAUCAUCUCAUCGGUACGAGAGUAGGUCAUCGUCCCACAAUAGGUCAGACUCUGAAAAUGACCAGAAGACAAGCAGCAGCGUAAAUUCUUUAUUAGACAAGGAGUGGAAAGACUACUACAGCUCUCUGAAGAGAAUCCAGAACAUGGACAAGUUUAUUUCCCUCAGCAAUGCAGAAGAUGGACUUUCAGGGGUGGAGAAAGGAACGGGCAGUGAGAAGGGUCCGGACAUCAGCAGCCCUUCGGAGAAAAUCAAAGAGCGAAGCAGCUCACAGGAACCAGAGAACAAACAUUUGGGUUCUCACUCAGUGGAGAACUUAAACAGCUGGUCUGAGUGGGACAGUGACAGCGAACAGGUGGGACAAGGCCCCAGCGCCACUUCAGAGUCACAGAAGCAGGAGGCGCUGUCCGGUCAAGUCCUGGAUAAAAGGUCGUCUGGAUGGAACUCGGACAGCGAGUCUGAGAAAGUAACCAGCCGGACGGUCGCUGCGUCCGAAAAAGAGGAGGGGGAGGCAAGUUCUGAGUCCGAACCCGAGAAUCUGACAAAGACUCCGGACAAAUACGUAUCAUAUACGACCACUGCAGCUGUCUCCUCGUCUUCUGUCUCCCUAUCUGGAAGUCCGGAGAAGGAGCCUGACAAGCACAAGAGUAAGAAGAAGGUCAAACGGAAGAAGAAGCACAAAAGGAGGAGUGAAGGCAAGAGCAGUUCUCGUCACAAUAAAGACAAGGCCAAGAAAGCUAAGAGGAAACACCAGAAGCUGAGGGAGACGUUCCACUGGCAGCCGCCUUUAGAGGAGGAGGAGGAGGAGGACGCGGCCAAAAGGGAGAGGCGCAGUCCUGUUGGGGAAAAUCCCUCCAGAGAGGAAGAAAGGAGUCAGCUGAGAUCGAAGGAAACCAAAUACACCAAACACUCCGACCCUCACCAGCAGGCUCUUCCAUUCAGCGUCCCAGAGCAGGAGUCACUAGAAGAUAUGGACAUUUGUACCCCGGAGCACAAUGUGGAUAUUUUGGAAGCUCCAAUCACACAGGAGUUUUCCAACAAUGCUUCAGAUUUAAUCCUAAAUCCUACCUCAAGGUCAUCAGAAACUGCAACCGAUCACAGAGUUUUACUUCAAAGCAGAGAAGCGUCUGCCCUGACCUCCUCAUCCUCCGCUGAGCCACAAGGAGAAGCAGCCAAAGCUGCCAUAAGCUUCAAAUGGAGGCCUCUGAAAGGAACUCCGACUUCUCGGAAUGUGAAUGUGCCACCUGUCGCCAUUAAGAAUGCACAAGCCCAAGAGAGCCAGACCCUCAACACGCACGUAGUCAGGAUGGAGAUCAAGAGCAAAAGCCGGGUUCGACCGGGCUCCCUGUUCGACGAGGUUCGGAAAACCGCACGGCUCAACCAGAGGCCGAGAAACCAGGAGAGUUCCAGCGAGGAGGAGUCGCCAUCUGUGGGAAAAACGGGGAACGCAUCUCAUACGCGCUCCCCGAAACAGUCCAGGUCUCAGACCAGAAAGUCUCACUCUGUCUCCAGUCAGGGGUCGCGCUCCAGAGGGUGGUCCCGCUCCUCCAGCAGGUCCAGGAGCAGAUCUCGGAGCUACACCUACUCUUCCAGGAGCCGCAGCAGGAGUCGGAGGAGACACAGGAGGAGGCGCUCUCGCAGCAGCACGUAUCGGAGUUACAGCCGGACGUACAGCAGAAGUCCGUCAAGAAGCCGCUCGUAUGGUCGCCACAGGAGGUCACGGUCGGAUUCCUACGAUAGCUAUUCCAGUCGGAGUGUGAGCAGGAGGCGUGGGCGAAGCGACAGCUACAGGAGCUCGGAGCGCCGAUCCCGGUCGUAUCGCUCGUCCAGCCGCAGCUCCUCAAGGCGCAGGAGUCACAGUCGCAGCAGCCGGUACUCCUAAACCAGCGUGAAAAACCUCCUAGAUCAGCAGCUGCAGGUCAGACGGGAGUCCUCGAUACUCCUGUGUCACAUGACGGAAAGAACAUUAGGGGAUGAAGAUUUAUGAAUGUACACAAAGUGAAUAAAUUCUAAAUAAAAUGCUAGUUUAGUAAAAGAUAAGCAUCUUUCCUUGUUUUCCUUGUUUAGGAAAUGUUGAUUUGAAAGAAACAUGUUUUGUUCUGUUGGUUUAUUUUUAAGCCUCUGAAUGUUGACGCAGUACUCAAAAGUAGAAAAUCUCAAGAUUUUAUAUUAUGCUGUUCUGAACGUUUUCCUUUACGUAAUAAAAAGCACAUCUGCA